AUGGAGUCUGACCAAAACAUCUCCAUCGACAAGCUCGAGGACCAGCUUAUAGAUAAUCCAGAUGCGUCUACUACCAAGCAGUUGAACGAGCUGUCGUAUGACGAAACGUUCCAGAAGAAACUCAAUGAACGUGCUGAACAGAUUUUUGGCGCUUCGGGUGGAAGCGGCGAUGGCGACAAGAGCUCAGGUAACUUCUACCUGUUGUUGGUCACCAAACCGUACUUGGAGUAUGAAUACCGAGACUACGACGAAUUGGAUACUGAACUCAACGACUGGUUUGUGUCUGCUGACUUUAAGCUCUUGGGAUUGGACCAUUUGGCCGAGAAAGCUGGGGAUUUCUCGGUGGAGGACCUAGAACUGCUAGACAAAGCUCUUGAUUCGCUUCUAUACUUUGUUUUGGGCAGUUAUAAGACUGGAGACGCGAGGGAAGAGCAGUUGAAACGUAUCAAGGAUAACUGUAAACGUGCUGUUGAGCAGGGCGUGCUUGAUAAGGUUCUUGAUGCUUUGUUGAAGGCUCUGGAUGAUACUAUGGCUAAGAAAGACCUUCCCCAGGACUACCUACUUAAGCUUCUUACCAUCACGUACUUUGUCGUGAACGUUGAGCUUUCUGAAGGGCCGAAUACCAGGAUUUAUAAGUCGCUAUCUGAUGCUGACCUUCUAACAAAGCUCGUGAAGCUCGUGGAGGAAUGGAAGAUCAACCCCAGCAACCUGUUUCGUAUCAGGAACGUCAUUCUUCUCAUAUGGAAGCUUUUAUUGCUAGAGUUUGGUGAUACUAAACACCUUACAGACGUGAAAGAUUACCUCAAUAAGAAGCACGAUAUCAAGAGCAAAGCUGAAAGUUCCGAUAAUCGCUUGACAUGCUCACCUCUCGAAUAUUAUACGUUUCGUGAGGACUUACUAGAUAAGUAUCCUGUCUUUUCAAAGUUUGAGAAGAAGGGUAACGGAUCCUACGAGCUUGUUGACGAAGGCGAACCUGCAAACGACGACGACCGUCACAAAUUCAUGGCUGCAAGUACUUCCAACUCUCUUUCAAACUUGCUUGAAAUGCCUCGAACCAACAAAUCCCACUCCGUUCUUAGCCAACUUCCAGUCAGUACACUUCAUAUAUCCACUCCAGUGCCUUCUCCUCCAAGUACGCCAUCUGACUUUAUGUCUGGUGGAGAGAAGGUUCGAAAGCUGUACCAUGUGAACCAGAGCAUGCCUUUCAUUUAUCCAACUGGUUCCGAGGAUGUCUUGCCAGCAGCCAUUAAGGAAGCAAACGAGCUAUUCGAGAAUGCUGUUUACGAGAGUUUCUCUGUGAAGAGACUUUGGCAGGAACGUCAGCGAUACAUGGCACAAGAACGUGGAAACCUAGGCAACUACGAAGCAGAUCUCUCAGAGGAUGAUAACCUAGAAGAUGACGAAUCUAACCCUUCUGCAGUGAGAUCUCUCAAUAGAGUGGAGCUGUUCUACAACAAUGCACUUCCAUACCUUCUGUCGCUCGCCAAAGUGAUGAUAGAAGUCGUUAAAGCAUAUAAGCAUGAUAUAAGUCUUCGUGAUGUGGAACAAGAGAUUAAUUCUGAGACGUCUCUUGCAUUGCAGUUUUGUGACGGUCGUCGCUCGUCCUACAACACCAUGAGGCACUAUAUGUUGAAACAACUAGAAGGAAUACGGGCUAGAGAAAUCACUCUCAAGGCGUCUACAUCCAUUAUGGUACUUUUGAUCAAAUGGUUUAAGGUGAGUCACGUAAUCAAAAGUCAUUACUUCAACUCCAUUUUGUUUGACGAGCAGUACUUGAAUGUAUUUGCAGAUUUUAUGGCAGACUCGUUGAACAACAGCGAGCUUCAUGACUACGAUGAAGUAACCAAAUCAUUUGCUCCUAAUGAAGUGUUUGUUUCACAAAAUAAGCUUAUGAAUCCAGAGAUAAAUGUUCCCCAGUUCGAUUUCUUUAAUAUGUGCUCGGGGAACCAGGAUAACAAGCAAAGAAUCGAGCUCAUUAACAAAACACCCGUAUCAAAACUACCUUCCAGCAUUGAUGAUGACAACCAUAAUGUUGUAAAGUUGACGCGGUACAAUAAGAAUUAUUGUCAUAUUUUGACGAACCAAUUGCAAAUCGUCAACAAGCUCUUGAUCAAGGGAGUUUCUCAGAGGAUCUUUGCAUUCAUUGAAACCAAGCCAACUGACUUGAUGAAGUUCAUUCUCCUAAAUUACAUCAACGACAACUUCAAAAUUCCAAUCCUUAAGAUAUUCAAAAAGAUCAUACCUUUCCAAGGACGAAAAUGGCGUGCCACGAAUAUGGAAGUCAUCUCACAAGUCUUCCUCAACUUGAAGCUCACAAUUAGAGAUAACUGGCUCAGUGGAAGAGACCUCGAAAGCGAUUUCAACAACUCCUUUGACCAAGAAGUCGCUCUCCGUUCUCUUCUCCAAUUCUACAACGUGCGUAGGUACCCCGAAGAAAUGAAGCAACUUGGGUACACAGUGUCUACAGAAAACCUCGGAACAUCGUUUCUCGAGGAAGAUCAAUAA